AUGAAUACCCUCUCAAUACGCGCUUUCAUCCCACCCCUUACGCGUCGAUGCGUACCCCUCUCAACAACGCGUCGGUACGCCGUCCAAGCUCCCGGAGCCCCAACGAUCGAAAUCUUCAGUCAGCAGCACAAGUGGAUGCAGAAGGAGCGAGCAGCAAGAGAUGUAGAAACUAGCAGGAAUGUAGAUUACUUGAGGGACGAAGUGGCUUCGCGGUUGUGCGAAAGACUUCUUGACAUCAAUCGACAUUUUGCGCACGUUCUCGACCUCGGAGCCAAUGCAUGCAAUAUAGCUCGCAUGCUUACUUUGCCCUCCGAAGACUCUCCGGACGCCGGUCCCCGAUCGAAACGAGUCGGAAAGAUGACAGCGGCAGAUUCCUCCGAAACGCUCCUAUACAGAGACGCAGACCUGCCUUUUAACAAGGAGAUAGACAUCCAUCGCGAGGUCCUGUCUACCUCCGAGACGUUGCCAUACGAAGCGAAUACGUUUGACGCCGUUCUUAGCAGCCUGAGCAUGCACUGGAUAAACGACCUCCCAUCCGUGCUCGCGCAGGUCAACAACAUACUGAAACCGGACUGUCCAUUCAUAGGAGUCAUGAUGGGCGGUGACAGUCUGUUCGAGCUCCGGACCUCGCUUCAGUUGGCCGAGCUUGACAGACGAGGCGGCGUCUCUACCCACACCUCUCCGCUAGCGGACGUCCGGGAUGUAGGCGGACUCCUCCAACGAGCCGGUUUCAAUCUUCUCACCGUCGACGUCGACGACAUCGUAGUUGACUUCCCGGAUACCUUCGCACUGAUGAAAGAUCUCCAAGCUAUGGGCGAAUCGAAUGCAGUGAUAAGCCGGGAGAAAGGCGCGAUCCAACGGGAUGUCCUGCUGGCUGCCGAGGGUAUCUAUAGGGAGUUGCAUGGGAAUGAGGACGGUAGUCUCCCGGCAACGUUCCGACUGGUUUAUAUGAUUGGGUGGAAACGUAGCCCCAAUCAGGCGAAGCCACUUGAACGGGGCACCGGCAUGUUCAGUAUCAAGGAUAUUCUCGAGAAUGAAAAGAAGGGAGGCGGAAAGGAUGAAUAA